AAAGCCUAAGACCCAUCGGUGGUGAGCUAUCAAUGGGCUUACUCGCCGAUCGGCUUAGCAUACUACCUGACCUAGAAGGAGAACCAAGGAGGGAGGAUGGGUCCCGGAAUCAGGAGCCCCCAAGGCAAGAGUCAGGAUGUGUAGGUGCCUGUUUGGUCUCAAAGAGAGAACAGAGCUUCAGGCACUCACCAUCCCAAUAUUUUACCUGCGAGGGGGCAUAGAAUUAAGGCCCAAGCAGCAGGCUGGGCUUGGAAAGCUAGGGAGCACAAACAGGCUGUGAGGUCUUGUCUCCUAGACUUGAGACCCCAGGUUCCGGCGCCAGAAGGCUGAGAACGAAUACAGGACUCUAAAACACUCAGAAGAAUCGCACUAUUAAAAACCACGCAUGUAGCGAGCUCCGCACUUCCCCUCCUGGAAGAAUAUUGAUCCUGGUCGCCCACCGUGAGUCGUGUCGUUAAUUGGUCAGCUACUGUCAUGUGAUCGGCCCGCCCUCUUUGCCAACAUGGCCGCUCCCAGGUCCUAAUGCGCGAAGCGUGCACCGGGGCUGGUGUCCUGUGAGCAGAGAGGAGGGUUGAGGCGCCCGUGGAUGUCCCACGCGAGGACGGUCCUGUGGCUAAGCCGCCCUCUCCGUCCGGCCCGCAUCCUCUGUAGAGCUCAGUUCAUGGAACAGAAGGCCCAGGGGCCGCCCUCUCCACCAGCGAUGGAGAACGGCACCCGGCCCUGUGAAGAGCGCCCACCCGCGGCCCCGGAGGCGACUAUCACCGAGGGCGCUGCCAAGAUCGUCUUCCCUAACGCCAACGAGGUUUUCUACAACCCGGUGCAGGAGUUCAACCGGGACCUGACAUGUGCUGUGAUCACUGAGUUUGCUCGGACUCAUCUUGGGGCCAAGGGAAUCCAGAUCAAGGUACCAGGAGAGAAGGACUUGCAGAAAGUGUGCGUGAACUUGUCUGAGCAAGAAGAGGAAAAGGCUGAACAGAAAGAGGAUGAAAACUUGACCCCGGGAGGCCAGCCUCGGACAGCUGCAGUUGGUGAGAUCUGUGAGGAAGGUCUACGGGUACUGGAAGGCCUGGCAGCAUCUGGUCUACGCUCCAUCCGAUUCGCCCUAGAGAUUCCUGGCCUCCAGUCUGUGGUUGCCAAUGAUGCCUCUGCCCGAGCUGUAGAGCUUAUAGACCGAAACGUGCACCUCAAUGGGGUGGCACAUCUUGUACAGCCCAACCAGGCGGAUGCCAGGAUGCUGAUGUACCAACACCAGAAGGCAUCUGAGCGUUUUGAUGUCAUUGACCUGGACCCUUACGGCAGCCCUGCCCCCUUCCUGGAUGCAGCAGUGCAGGCUGUGAGUGACGGAGGACUGCUGUGUGUCACCUGCACGGACAUGGCAGUAUUGGCCGGCAACAGCGGAGAGACGUGCUACAGCAAGUAUGGGGCCAUGGCCCUCAAGAGCCGGGCCUGCCAUGAGAUGGCCCUGAGAAUUGUGCUGCAUAGCCUGGACCUGCACGCCAACUGCUACCAGCGCUUCGUGGUGCCGCUGCUCAGCAUCAGUGCCGACUUCUAUGUCCGGGUUUUUGUGCGCGUUUUCACAGGCCAGGCCAAGGUUAAGUCCUCAGCCAGCAAGCAGGCCCUGGUGUACCAGUGUGUGGGCUGUGGGGCUUUCUACCUGCAACGCCUGGGCAGAGCGUCCGGAGACCCUGCUGGCAGGGUCAAGUUCUCUGCUGCCUGUGGUCCUCCAGUGACCCCUGAGUGUGAACACUGUGGACAGCGACACCAGCUUGGAGGCCCCAUGUGGGCAGACCCCAUCCAUGACCUGGACUUUGUGGGCCGAGUCCUUGAGGCAGUGACCACUAAUCCUGGCCGCUUCCACACCUCCAAGCGGAUCCAAGGUGUCCUGAGUGUUGUUACUGAGGAACUUCCCGACGUCCCUCUCUACUACACACUGGACCAUCUGAGCAGCACCAUCCACUGCAACACACCCAGCCUUCUGCAGCUUCGGUCAGCUCUCCUCCACGCUGGCUUCCGAGUCUCUCUCUCCCAUGCUUGUAAGAAUGCAGUGAAGACAGACGCUCCCCCGCUAGCUCUCUGGGACAUCAUGCGUUGCUGGGAGAAGGAGUGUCCCGUGAAACGGGAGCGGCUGUCGGAAACCAGCCCGGCCUUCCGAAUUCUGGCCGUGGAGCCCAGGCUGAAGGCCAACUUCAACAUCCGGGAAGAUGCCAACCCCAGCUCCCGCCAGCAAGGACUCAAGCGCUUCCAGGCCAAUCCAGAAGCCAACUGGGGUCCCCGGCCCCGUGCCCGGCCAGGGGGCAAGGCGGCAAGGAAAGAUCUGGAGGAGAGGCGGAGGCUGCUACAGAAUAAGCGGAAGGAGCCUGCUGAGGACCCGGCCCAGAGGGCAGCUCGCCUCAAGACAUUUCCUUGCAAACGAUUCAAGGAGGGUACCUGUCAGCGAGGGGACCAGUGCUGUUACUCACACAGCCCUACAGCACCUGUGGCCUCUGCUGAUGCUCCCCUCACAGACUGUCCAGAGACCACCCCCAAGAUCCUCCCCGGACCAGAGGCUGCUGGUGGGGGCACUGCUGGGCCAGGUGUGGACUGAGACAAUAAAGAGAAACCAUUUUC